AUGUCUUCUGAAAAGCUCUACCGAUCAGUGCCUCACGAGGAGGAGGAAGUUGAAAGCCUCGCUGGAAGCCUGAGCACCGAAAAUACCGAGAACAGGGAAAGCACAGAAAAAGCGACGUCGAGAUGGAGGCGGAUGAGAGUCGGCGAUGAGAACCCGUGCAAAGAGAGAGCCCGUCGGCUGUUACGCUAUUGGCCCUGGGCCGCUCACGCCGUCCUGUUGACGACGUCCGUUACCCUCUUCGCGCUGACCGUCUGUAUGCGAUAUGGAAACCCCAAGGAUGAUACAUUCUUCACCAAGAAGUAUUCCUCAUACUCCCCCGCCGCCGGUGUUGUUCGGUAUCACUCUGAGAGAUACAACCUCACGCCCAUCAUGGAUUGGUCACCAUUCGUCGGAGCCGGGUAUGAAGUCGACCGAGCAUGGGACCACAUCACCAACAAUGUUGGCGACCAAAUGAUCUCCCACGCCGAGCUUACCAAGCUGGGUCUUGACCCCAAGUCCAUCAAGAUCACGAACCCUAUUACGGGUGAGGAGGGAUACCGUGCCGGUCUCGAAGUCUUCCACCAGCUUCACUGCCUCAACCUCCUGCGCAUGUCGAGUUACCCCGAUUACUACUCCAGAGAAGAAGUUGGCGGAGACGUAGCUACUGACGCCGAGGACCUGAGAGGACAUAUCGAUCAUUGUCUCGAGGCGCUUAGGUUGAACCUCAUGUGCCAGGCCGAUAUUGGUGUCUUCACCUUCAAGAUGUACCCGGAACUCUCGGUCGAGGGUCACUGGCCGGACUUUAGCACUUUGCAUACUUGCCGCAACUUCGACGACAUUCGCAACUGGGCCAUGAUUCAUUCGGUAACGUUUGAGGAUGAGGAAUAG